CGCUGGUUGCCAUGUCAGGGAGGCUUUAGCCAACUCCUACUUUUGUCUUUCCUAAUAGCGUCCAGCUGAUUAGUUGGCAGCUGCUAAGUGAGAAGAGGCUGUCCUGCUUCCAUCGUUUUCAAAUUCGGACCGCUUCUGCUCCAGACCGGUUCGACACACACACACUCGCACACACACACACUCGCGCACACACACACUCGCGCACACACACACUCGCGCACACACACACACACACACACACACGCACACACACUCACACACACACCCACACACACACACACACACACACACACACACACACACACACACACACACACACACACACACACAGAGACACAGAGACACAGUGAUGAAGAACCGAACGAGUGAAGAGCGACUUCUGGCUUCCCAGGAUAACCGUGUGGGUUUUCUGUGCGACUCACGGAGCUCAGCGACACACUGAAAGUCUUUACACGGUCUUUCUCUAUGAAGUACAGAACCACAGACACAGCGCAAUAUGAGAAAGCCGAAAAUCACCCGCAUGGUGCUUGCUAUGUGCCUGGGGUCCUUCAUUAUGCUUAUAUUUUAUUUUCAGAGUCACUUGAAACUAGCACAGGACAGUGGGGAGGCCGGAGGAGGCAGGAAGUCCGUGAGGAGUCCACUCCAAGCUCUUUAUACUACUGACGCUACAGAACUGUCUCCACUUCAACUGAUGCAUCAACGUCGACGUGACCUCCUGGAGGAUGUGUGCCACUCUUACACUCAUAAACGUCGUGUCCUGAUCCCAGAGGACCUCAAGCACCUGAUCGUGGAUGAUCGCCAUGGCCUGCUUUACUGCUACGUGCCCAAAGUCGCUUGCACAAACUGGAAGCGUGUACUGAUGGUCCUAACAGGCGACACACAAAGAGACCCCCUAAAGAUUCCAGCCAAAAUGGCACAUGUUCCAGGCACACUGCGCACUCUGUCGGAGUAUUCUACCUCUGAAAUCAACCAGCGUCUACGCACCUACCUAAAGUUUGUCUUUGUGCGUGAACCCUUUGAGCGCCUCGUUUCAGCAUACCGCAACAAGUUCACGCUCCGCUACAACAAAGCCUUUCACAAGCGUUACGGCACCAAGAUAAUCCAGCGGCACCGCGCUGAGGCAAGUCCCCAGGCACUAGAGCGUGGAGACGAUGUCUCAUUCUCUGAGUUUGUGCGCUACCUGGUGGACCCUGGUGAAGAGCCUUUCAACGAGCAUUGGGAGCGUGUCCACUCUCUGUGUCACCCCUGCCUCAUACACUACAACAUUCUAGGCAAGUACGAGACGCUGCAGCAGGACUCCAGCUACGUUCUCAAACUGGCUGGUGUGGACAAGGUCACAUUUCCCAGCUCGUCCAAAAGUGCACGCACCACAGCAGACGUGGUCGCCAGCUACUUUAAGAAUAUCAGCACGGCAUAUAAGAAAAAGCUGUACAACCUGUACAAGUUGGACUUUCUGCUUUUUAAUUAUUCCAUGCCUGUCUACCUGAAGUUCACAUAAGGCCUGGUGCCUUUUACUACUAUUUACAGAAAAUAAAGAGUUUUAUUUUUGUUCGCACAAGUUCAUCUGUGAGUACUAAAACGUUCAGUGGUUACUGUAUGGUCCUUUGAACCCAGAAUGCAAUGCAGUGGAACUGCAGUUAUCAAUUUGCACGAAGAGCAAUUCUAUUUGAACGAUCUGGAAGUGCUUGCUCUCUCAAGCUGGGGUUUCAUCUCUGCUCGUCUCUUCAGCCUUUUUUUGCCUUUCAGUUUAAUUAAGGUUAAAAUGAGAGAACGCAUUACAGUGCUGCCACUUGAGUUUUAGAUAAAACAGGAUUCAUGUAGGGCAUCUUUCAGGAUGAUGUCUCAGAGAAGACUGGUGUCUGUUCCUUCUUAUUUCCUAGUGAAUACUGACUUCACCCUCCCAGGUGUCUGUCCUCUGUGGGGAAUUUGAUGGAAACAUACCAAGUGAGCUGGAGGUGAUGCAUAAAAUGUUACUGAUAUUGUGCCUUGAGGACGAGGAUUGUAAGGAAUCGGAAACAUUGAGGGAGAACUGUCACUGUUUGCCAGAACAGUAUUAGAAACAUGUCUUAUUCACUUUGAUACAAAGCAUGAAAUUUACAGUUAUUUAUUACGACAUUUAACGGUGGAGAAUCUCGCCACUUCACGCAGUUUAGACUCUGCAUUCGACAGGUCUGUUAUUACAGAUGCUAACUCAAAUAAAGCAGAAAAUCGGACCUCACUUCCCCACCUUUGGGACUGAA